CUCAACAGAGGUAAUUUCCCCUACAAUCUCCGCCGGAUCAAAAUAUAUACAUCGAGGAUUAUCAGCAACUUCAAUCGCUGCUGAGUUGUCCGUGCACAAUGCUUUUCUUAUCACGAGCCUCUCCUUCACUGUCCCUGUCGGUGGCGCGGACAUCACGACGCGCAGUUUCAGGACGUCACUUUUUCCACUCGCCCUCGUCCAAGGCCGCUAUUGCCCACCCUGUUACCGCCCAUGGCCCUCCUCCGAAAGCCCCAUCGCCUGCAUCUGGGCCUGAAGAGAAGGUCACCCGUCAAGAAACUCCAGGUCCCAGCCAAGGGAGGCCAAUCGUACCGACGAGACCUGAUGUCUCGGCCUUGAAAAAGCGGUUUUGGAAAAAUGUUGACAUUCAGGAACUACCGGAGAAAGGCGAAUACCGGGUUUUACUAGACACUCGACCAGUUCGGACACCCCAAAAAGACAUCCUUUCUAUCCCGUCCACGAAACCGCACCUUGCAAAUGCUGUGGCUUUGGAGUGGGAUGUCAUGACUACUGCCCAACAGGCGUUGAAAAACCAUUUGAUUCCGUUGACGUCGCUUACUGCGCGCGCUGAAGACAUCGUACAGGAGGAUAAGCGGGGGGAACACACCACACGCGACCAAAUUGUGGAGACUGCGAUGCGCUACCUGGAAACCGAUACAUUGCUCUGCUGGGUACCAGAGCAAGAGGCGCACCUCGACGAAUAUGAUGAGAAUGGCCAAAAGCGUGAAAGCCUGCGAGAUGCUCAAGUACGGAUUGCCAAGGAUACAAUGGCUUUCCUGAGCACCAAAGUAUGGCCCGGUGUCGAGAUCAAACCUAUCCUAGACACGAACAGUAUCUUCCCUGCCUCUCAGUCUCAAGCCACGAAGGAUAUCAUUCAGCAAUGGGUUCGGGACCUGCAACCCUACGAUCUGGCCGCUCUUGAGAGAGGCGUGCUCGCGGCGAAAAGUUUACUUGUGGCCGUCCGACUUGUCACCGAAUGGAGUGAAAAUUUCCGUCACUUUCAACAAACGCGCCAGAAAAAGUUCGGUAUCGAAGAGGCGGCCGAAGCGUGCAGUUUGGAAGUCAGCUGGCAGACCGACAUGUGGGGUGAGGUCGAGGAUACCCAUGACGUUGACAAUGAGGACAUCCGGCGACAACUGGGCAGUGUCAUUGUCCUUGUAAGCGGACACGCCAAUUAAUCACCCCUGCAUCUGGAUAUGCCUGAACAUACUAAGACAGCUGUGACGUGCGUAGCCUGUAUUAUAUACAAAAAGCUUAUUAGAAUAUAAUCGCCGAGAAAUGUACCAUAGCG